UGAGCGAAGACUUAAAGAAAUAUAGAAAGAGAGACUAAAAAGAGCCAAUAGCGCCCACCGAAAACAUUUUCUUACCGAACCAAAAAACACAAAAACAAAACAAAAAAGCUUCAAACUCCAAAAACACAAUUUUUAUCUCUCUCUCUCUCUCUCUCUCUCUCUCUCUCUCUCUCUCUCUCUCUCUCUCUUAACAUACACAAAUGGAGAAUUCGCCGAGAUACAGAGAAGCGACGAAUCUGAUUCCAUCGCCGAGAUGCCACAACAACAACAACAGCUGUAGUAUGAGCAGUAGCAGUGAGAGUAACAAACCACCCACAACUCCAACCCGACACGUUACAACAACAACAAGAUCCGAAUCCGGAAACCCGUACCCGACAACAUUCGUUCAAGCAGACACUUCAUCCUUCAAACAAGUCGUUCAGAUGCUAACCGGAUCCUCCGACAGACCCACCAAACACGGUUCUUCCCUUAAACCAAACCCGACCACCCAUCAUCAUCAUCAGCCCGACCCAACAACAACAACAACAACAAGAUCCACUCCUUCCUCUUCCUCCUCUUUCUCAAUCCCUCCGAUCAAAGCCGUACCAAACAAGAAACAGUCUUCUUCCUCUUCAGGGUUUCGUCUCUACGAGCGUCGUAAUUCAAUGAAGAACCUCAAAAUCAAUCCUUUAAACCCGGUUUUUAACCCGGUUAACUCAGCUUUCUCCCCACGGAAACACGAGAUCCUCUCCCCGAGCAUCCUCGAUUUCCCAUCUCUCGUCCUCAGCCCUGUCACUCCUCUUAUACCCGACCCGUUCGAUCGAUCCGGGUCAUCGAACCAGAGCCCCGAAGAGAAAGCCAUUAAAGAGAAAGGCUUUUACUUGCAUCCGUCUCCGGCUACUACUCCGAUGGAUCCAGAGCCUCGCCUUCUUCCUCUUUUCCCUGUUACUUCACCUCGUGUCUCAGGUUCUUCUUCAUCAGCUUCUUCUACUUCUUGAAGAACCCUAAUUUUUAUUCUUUUCUUUUUAUAAAUCAUCCUUUUGUGAUCUUCUUUUAAACUAUAUACUAUUAUAAUUGGGAAUUUGAGAUGAAUGAAUGAAUCCUGAUGAGAAUUAUUAUUAUAAUUAUACAAAAUUUGUAAUGUUGAGAUGUUUGCUCAAUUUUCAAAAAAAAAAAAAUCAUAGCCCUUUCAAUUGUAUUAAUCUCUCUUCUCUCUAUCUAUAUAUGGUGCUUUUGAUA